GGCUCCUUCGCGUGCAUCAGUCGUCUUUAUUGAUAGUCAGUUUUCAGCUCUUGCUAAUCGUAGAAGUUUGUAACAGUCAUUUUUCUUCGGGAUGGCACUUCCACAGCAGCUGAAGGCUAUCCAGCACCAUUUGAGAACCGCGCAGGAGCAUGAUAAAAGAGACCCCGUGAUCGCUUAUUACUGUCGACUUCAUGCCAUGCAGACGGGAAUGAAGCUAGAUAGCAAAACUCCUGAGUGCCGAAAGUUUCUUGUGAAACUAAUGGAUCAAUUAGAAAUGAUGAAAAAGGAGCUCAGUGACAACGAAUCCGUCUCCCAAGAAGUAGUUGGCAAUGCUCACGUUGAGAAUUACGCUUUGAAAAUGUUCCUCUAUGCAGACACUGAAGAUCGAUCAGGACGUUUCCACAAGAAUAUGAUCAAGUCCUUCUACACUGCAAGCCUCCUGUUUGAUGUGUUGAGUGUCUUUGGCGAAUUAUCAGAAGAGAACAUCCAGCACAGGAAGUAUGCAAAGUGGAAGGCAGCUUACAUCCACAACUGCCUGAAGAAUGGUGAGACUCCACAGGCCGGUCCGAUUGGAAUGGAGGGGGAAGCAUAUGAUGAUGAAUUUGGUGCUGAGGGUGGUGAACCUUCACUAGCUCCUCAGGGUCCACCCCAAUCACAGCCCUCUUUCCACGGCCAUCCAACAGACCAACCCCCAACGUCCAAUUUCAGUAACAUUCCGAUACCUCCAGGGUCACAUGCCCCAGCCAAUACACCUGCAGACAUUCCACCUCCAGAAGCACAGCCCAUCAAACCAGUGCCUGUUCCACGUACCAUGCCAGUGGUUGACCCUUCACUACUAAACAAUACCCAGGAAGGUGACGUGCGGCUCACACCAGAGGACUUUACGCGGGCUCAGAAAUACUGUAAAUACGCAGGCAGUGCACUGCAGUACGAGGAUGUGGCUACUGCCGUCCAGAAUCUGCAGAAGGCCCUCAAGCUACUAACCACUGGCAAAGAAUGAGACUAUUGUGUCCCACCCUUCCAACGCCACUUUAUCAGUGAUCUGGCCCUGAGGAACUUAAAAAAGGCCAUUUCACCAGCCUCAGCUGUAUCAAAAAGAGACACUCCAUAGGACACCCCCAUAUCACUCAAUACAACAUCUGUUUCUGUCAUACUGGAUGUCAGUAGUUGCUCAUUAAGAGCCAGAUAAGAUAAAGAUUCAAAACUGAAAAAUCAGGUGCAUGUGAAAGACCCUUUCAAAUUAUAAGUGCACAAAUAUGCAUGGUUUAGGGUGUUUUGAUGUUCAUUUUCUGGCUUCACAUAGUUAGGUUAGAUAUGCAUGGACAUGGGAGCAUGUCCCUUAGAUAUCUAUAAAAGAAGCACUUUUGUGUCUUACCUCAGUCUCUUUGAAACGUUAACGUUAUCCAGAGACAUUUUGCCCUUAACUACUUUCAGUUCCCUUCUAUGUAUAUGCUUCAGGUGGAAGGAUUCUGCAGUUAGUUCACACUCAAGUUUUUCUGCUGUUAGUUAUUUCAAUCAACAAUAAAUCUGUUUUUGAUCUGU